CUUUCUAAACUGUUUAUCAUAUAUAUUGUGACGUGGAUGACGCAACGGGAAGUGGGGGGCCACGUGAACUCUGCGUCUCGCGAGUGACGUCACAUAACCCAACUCCUUCCAUCGCUAGGCAACGCUCGGUGAACAUCCCCUCCCCGCGGUGUUUCUUCAUGCUGUGCCGACUAGAGCCGAAGCACACUGGUUACUACACACCAGUAAACAACUCUCGACAGCGUUGCCCAGCAACACCUGUAAACAAGGCGACUAGGCAAGAGGGAAGCGAGGCGUUUCCGUUGUCUGGCUGAGGGGUUAUAAGAGAACUACACUGCCUAAGAAGACAGUUGAAUUUUAACAGUCGCCCAGUUCAGUUGCAGCGAGCGAAUCGUGAACGCGGAAAGAAGAAUACCGGAACGCGUGAUUAGAAAUGAUAGUGUGAGAAGGCAUCGGGAGUCUUCAGUGGCAAAACACGUUACACUAAUCUAAGGGCAUGGACAAGAAGCCACAACGACGUAGUCGUAGCAGGGAAAAGGAAAGAGAGCGUCGUGAGAGACUACAGCGGUCUCGCAGUCACUCUAAAGAGAAAGACCACGGAAAGAAGAAAGUUAAAGACCAUGGAAAGAAGAAAGUUAAGAAAUUGAAAGAACAGUUUCGCAGCAGAAGCCGAGAGCGAGACAGGCAUCGGCACAGGGACCGAAAACGCACCCCUAUCCCACCUAGCAUCAUGAAGGAGGAGGAACCCAAGAAGGAACCAUUAUCACUCGAAGAGCUGCUUGCCAGGAAACAGGCUGAAGAGGCCGCUCGCAGCAAGCCCAAAUUUCUGACAAAGGAGGAACGUGCAGCUGAGGCUUUGAUAAAACGGAAACAAGAGGAAGAAGAGAUACGACGUAAGAUGGAAGAAGAAAAGAAAAGGCGGGCUGAAUUUGACAAGGAGGCCAAAAAGGCAUCUGAUGAUAUGCGCAAGGCAGACAAAGAUCUGGAUCGGGACAAAGACGGCUUUAGGAGGUGGGACAGAGAGCGUGAAAAUAAGGACAAGGAGGAGGACAGCCAGUACUCAAAGGACAAGCAGAAGGAAGUGGAGGUCAUAAGAGAGUGUUAUCUAAGACCAGUCGAGAAGAUACGCCGUGUGCGUCGGCCCAAUGACCGCAAGUUUGUGUUUGACUGGGAUGCUUCAGAGGACACAUCUAUCGACUAUAAUCCCCUCUACAAGGAACGGCAUCAGAUUCAGUUCUUCGGUCGAGGUAAUGUUGCGGGUAUUGACAUCAAGACCCAGAAACGAGAUCAGUCCAAGUUCUAUGGAGAGUUGCUGGAGCGACGACGAACUGAGGCUCAGAAGGAGCAGGAGAAGGUGCGCCUAAAGAAGCUCAAGAAGAAAGAGGAGAAACAGAAGUGGGAUGACCGUCACUGGUCUGAGAAGUCUAAGGAUGAGAUGACGGAGAGAGACUGGCGAAUAUUUCGAGAGGAAUACAAUAUCACCAUCAAGGGUGACCAAAUCCCUGAUCCAAUCAGGACCUGGAAGCAGUCUGGAAUUCCUAAUGAGAUUCUGGAGAUUGUUGAGAAAGUUGGCUAUACUGAUCCCACUCCUAUCCAGCGACAGGCCAUUCCCAUUGGCCUGCAGAAUCGAGAUAUCAUUGGUGUGGCAGAAACAGGUUCUGGUAAGACACUGGCCUUCCUGAUUCCUCUGCUGACGUGGAUACAGUCUCUGCCCAAGAUUGAACGUAUUGAAGAUGCUGACCAGGGUCCAUACUCCAUAAUCUUGGCACCCACUCGAGAACUGGCUCAGCAGAUUGAGGAGGAGACUAACAAGUUUGGACAACCACUUGGAAUCAGGACAGUGGUUGUGGUGGGCGGAUUGUCCAGGGAGGAGCAGGGCUUCCGCCUCAGGAUGGGAUGUGAGAUUGUGAUAGCAACACCCGGUCGUCUGAUUGAUGUGCUUGAGAACAGGUACCUGGUACUAAACCAGUGUACCUAUAUUGUACUAGAUGAGGCUGAUCGUAUGAUCGACAUGGGUUUUGAACCAGAUGUGCAGAAAAUCCUACACUACAUGCCAGUCACAAAUCUGAAGCCAGACACUGAGGAUGCAGAAAAUGAGAUUAAACUGCUGGCCAAUUACAACUCAAAGAAAAAGUACAGACAGACAGUCAUGUUUACUGCCACAAUGCCCCCAGAAGUGGAGCGUCUGGCUCGUACAUACUUGCGUCGCCCAGCCGUUCUCUAUACUGGGUCUGCUGGCAAGCCAACAGAACGAGUAGAGCAGAUGGUGUACAUCCUGUCGGAGGCAGACAAGAGCCGCAAGUUGCUGGAGAUCCUUGAACGUGGUGUCACACCUCCAGUCAUUAUCUUCGUAAAUCAGCAGAAAGGGGCAGAUGUGUUGGCAAGGGGGUUAGAGGAACAUGGUUACAAUGCCUGCACACUGCAUGGUGGCAAGGGCCAAGAACAACGAGAAUACGCACUAGCAAGCCUCAAGUCGGGCACCAAAGACAUCCUUGUGGCCACCAACGUGGCCGGUCGAGGUAUUGAUAUCAAGGACGUAUCCAUGGUCAUCAACUAUGACAUGGCUAAGAGCAUAGGAGAGUAUACCCAUCGUAUCGGUCGAACGGGUCGUGCAGGAAAACAUGGUAUGGCAGUCUCAUUCUGCACCAAGGAUGACUCUGAACUGUUCUAUGACUUGAAGCAUACGAUACUGUCUAGUCCAGUGUCGACAUGCCCUCCUGAACUACUGAACCAUCCAGAUGCUCAGCACAAGCCCGGCACUGUCGUAACAAAGAAACGUCGGGAAGAGAAAAUAUUUGCAUAAAGAGACCAGGGUGAAACCACCUGAGGAAGCAACAUUUAUAUGAACUUUCAUACAGAAUCACGAAAAGUUAAACAGUUCUGUCUAGUAUGACUGCUGAAGAUUUUUCCUAUUUCAAUUAUUUAUGCCCUUACAUGUUUCGAUCUUAUACAGUU